CGUCUCCUCCCGGCCUAUAUAAACCCCAGUGGCGUUGCACUGAGCCCUAGCUCAAACACUGUGUACUACGCAACACACACAUAGGCACAGUUAGUGCACGUACAUCUUGCUGAAUUUGCUUGAGCUCGUACGUGCGUAGUGUGGUAGCCAUGGCCAAGGCAGUGAUGAUGCUCCCCGUCCUCCUCUCCUUCCUCCUGCUGCCAUUCUCGUCCAUGGCGCUGACGCAGGAUUUCUGCGUCGCCGACCUGACCUGCAGCGACACGCCGGCGGGGUACCCGUGCAAGGCCAGCGUCGGCGCCGGCGACUUCGCCUACCACGGCCUCGCGGCGGCGGGCAACACCAGCAACCUCAUCAAGGCCGCCGUGACGCCGGCCUUCGUCGGCCAGUUCCCCGGCGUGAACGGGCUCGGUAUCUCCGCGGCGAGGCUGGACAUCGCCGUCGGCGGCGUCGUGCCGCUCCACACCCACCCGGCCGCCUCCGAGCUCCUGUUCGUCACCCAGGGCACCGUCGCCGCCGGGUUCAUCACCUCCUCCUCCAACACCGUCUACACCAGGACGCUGUACGCCGGCGACAUCAUGGUGUUCCCCCAGGGCCUCCUGCACUACCAGUACAACGCCGGCCAGUCGGCGGCGGUGGCGCUCGUCGCCUUCAGCGGCCCCAACCCCGGCCUCCAGAUCACCGACUACGCCCUCUUCGCCAACAACCUGCCGUCCGCCAUCGUCGAGAAGGUCACCUUCUUGGACGACGCGCAGGUGAAGAAGCUCAAGUCCGUCCUCGGCGGUAGCGGUUAAGUUCGUCGUACGUCUCUCUCCGGUCGAGUUGGUCGCCGCCGCCGCCGUCGUCGUCGUCGUGGUGGUCACUCCGUGUGAUUGAUUAAUUUGCAUGCAUGCACUUCUGUCAUGGGAAUGUGUCUGAUUUCUUUUUUCAUGUUAUGCUUAAUUUGUUCAUGUCAAUUUCUUUCAGAUUAAUUAAGUGGUGGUUCAAAUAAUCUCUAGGUGUGUCACUGUAAUUUGUUGGAACGAAAGACUAAACUGUGCAUCGAUCCAAUUGGUCAUUUUUUUUUGUCAGUUCAAAGCUUCGUUUGGCA